AUGCGGCCUCCGGCGCCCAAGACCUCCGCCUACAGCCAACAAGAACCUCGUCCGGAGAACCUUCUUCUCCUCGCUUCCCCCCGCGCUGCCAAACUCUCCCUUGGCUGCCCCCUCUUGGACCGCCUCCUCUCCGGUGGCCUCCCCGCCGCGUCGGUCACAGAGAUUGCUGGCGAAUCCGCCGCCGGGAAGACCCAGCUUUGCCUCCAGCUCGCCCUCCUCGCGCCCCUCUCCCCUCACCCUUCCUCCUCCCUCUUCUUAUGCUCCGACGUCCCCUUUCCCCUCCGCCGCCUCCGCCUCCUUGCCCCCAAAUCGCGGCCAGACCUCCUGGAUCACGUCCUUGUGGCCGCUGUACACUCCCCCUCCGACCUCCUCUCCCUCCUAUCCCGCGCCCAGUACCACCUCUCCCACCCGAGUCGCUCCCCCCACCCCCUGCCUAUCCGCGUCAUCCUCCUUGACUCCAUCGCUUCCCUCUUCCGCGCCGACUUCGACGCCUCACCCGCCGACCUCAAACGCCGGUCUGGGCUCUUCUUCAAGAUAUCCGCAAAACUCAAGGAACUGGCUCACAGGCACCAAUGUGUGGUUGUGGUUACCAACCAGGUGGUCGACGUGGUGGAGGGGAACACGGGAAACACCGUGGCCUGGUCGUCGGGGCGGCAGGUGAGCCCUGCGCUGGGGCUUGCGUGGGCCAACUGCGUCAACACUCGGCUGUUCCUGACGCGGGAGGUGGAUAGCAACGGUGGGAGUGCCAGGAGGCACAUGAAGGUGGCCUUCGCGCCGCACUUGCCGGUGCGGACGUGUGAGUUCGUGAUACGGAGGGACGGUGUCUUCGGCGUUGAGCCGGCACAAAGGUUGUAUACGGACACCGGAAUGGUUUCGAAGAGGUUCGGGGAUUUAUCGGAGUACCGGGAGGCGAAGCCCUGCGCGAAUCACAUCACCGUCGCCGUCACCACGCCGUCGUGCUCUCGAAACUCUCCCUUGACCCUCUACUGGAUCAAGAGUUCGAGCGACGUCAUCGAGCUGAACAUGUGCUAA